AUGGACCUGGAUUUUAUGGUCUUUGAGAAAAGGGUGAUCAAAAGCUGGCUGAUGAGAGAUGUGGACACAGUCAAUAAGGUCCCCAUCUGGACUCUGUAUGAAACAACCAAAUGGUCAAACAGAUGCCAAAUAACAGUGGACCUGAACGGUUUUAAUGGGAAGCUUAUUCAGUCUGUUCAAGUGCUUUUCAACUUUAAGUUUCUGCCUCGAAACAGGUGGCCUCCCGGCGGAGGACAGCGAGAAGCACAGAGCCCACAAGCAUGCAAAGAACAAUGCCACCGUCACUUUCUUCCCCCGGCGGCCAUUACUAAAAUGCGCGGCGCCCAUAUGAAUUGCCCGACCACCAGCUCCAGAUANAACUAA